CUAAGAAGGGCUGCCGUAGAUUUUACUGCUUUUUUGGAACACAGAGAAUCAAGUUCAACGUAAUCGCCCGCCUUUUCUCAAGCCCAGCUUUUCCUGUCUCCAAGCUUGGAAUUCCGUCGUCUUCUUGACAAUUUAAUUUUAGUUAUUUUAGUUAUGCCGCCAAGCACAAGACGGCAGCUCCCGGUGCUAAUAGUCGGAGCCGGAGUCGCCGGUCUUACGCUAGCACAAGGUCUCCGUCUUAGCUCCAUAGCAUUUCGCCUCUUUGAGCGCCAUUCCCAGUCUUACCCCUUCCAAGGCCACCGCUUCCGCAUCUCAAAUGAAACCCAUACAGCGCUUAGCAACCUUCUUUCUUCCCCAUUGCAAACCCUCUUAGGGCGUACUGCACCAGAAAACCCACCAUUCAGUCCACGCUACGUCGAUGCCACUAAAUUAGACUUUCCGAUACCCACCUCCGUGAACCCCCCGUCGGUACCCGUAGAUAGAGCUUGGUUCCGGAUGCUGACCGCGCUGGAUAUUGGGGAUGCGAUCGAGUAUGGAAAGGAUCUCGAAUCGUACGAACUUGUCCAAGACUAUGUUCGCGUCAAAUUUGUCGAUGGUUCCAUCGUGUACGGACAGCUACUUAUCGGUUCGGACGGCGUCAAAAGCCGCGUGCGUAUGCAACUUCAGCCCUAUCGAAAGUUAUUAGAUCUAGACCGUUGGGUCCUAUGGGGUCGGACACCAAUAACGGAGGGCUUGAAGGAAAAGAUAUUACCGGACUUGUUAAGCUGGUGCAUGUACUUGGACGCAGAGAACAACGUGCAGACUGUUGUUGAGCCGAUGAUAUGGUCUAGAAGUGCGAGGCAAGAAUCAGAAGGCAGGUUGCCUGACUUUUCGGAUUAUAUAUAUUGGGUUGUCUGUACCGCGCCUUUCCAGUACUCGGAUGUAUUGCCAAGAACGGCAGAAGAGAAAAAAGCGUUUCUGGAGCGGGCAAUGGAAACAUGGCAUUCUGCUUUGAAGCUUUUGCUUCGUUCAGCUGCCCAUGAUAUGUCCGCUUGUAUCCCUAUCCUGUCGAGUAAACCGGACAUAGAGGUUUCGACUGCAACAUCUAAGAGAGUUCUACUCAUCGGGGAUGCAGCACACCCGAUGAGCCCCAUGGGUGGCUCUGGUGCCGACACCGCUAUCAAGGACGCAGCUGAUCUAGCACGGACAAUUGCCGAAGAAGGAAUAACGGAUAAUAGUAUCACGGGCUUCCAGAUUAGGAUGGAAGCAAGGGCAAAAGAGAAGAUCGAGCAUUCUUUUCGAGGUGGACAAAAAUUCUGGCGUGGGGGAGAGUGGACCGACUACGCUGAAAUUGACGUGUGAAGCUCACCCCCUUCUCGUGUUGAGAUGAGAAUGUAAAUUUAUUUACUCGGCACGGUUACUCUAGGACAUGUCCGCUGAAUGCUAACUUUACAGAUAAACCCGUCGGUUCUUUCUAUUCUUAUCAGAUUGCCAAGUAAUUUACUAGGUUUUCAUAGGGCCAAAUUGGAAAAGCAACGUAGUGAGGUGCCUUCACUAUGUCCCAUUACUCGUCACGUUCACGCUCAAGUCUCUCAUCUCGUAGAUCUCCAAGCUUCGCUCGGAGAUCUGCUCUACCCCCUUCGUUCCCUCCAUAAUUUCUGCAUUCCCCGGUGCUCCUCGGCCUAGCCAUAAAGUCUGCUGGCUGCCUGGGUACUCAGAGAGGCGCCCACUUCGCUUCUCCCGACGCUGGUGGAGGGAGGAUGAAGAAAGCGCUCCUGCUGCAUGGCGAAUUGACUCGAACGGUAUGCGCAAUGCGUGUGGCAGGCUGUUCUUGAGAGCGUGGCCCACUCGGAAGGAGAGGUGCGGAAGAUUAGAUGCAAGCAAGCCGACGCCAAUCUCAAUAGCAGGCCAGUUGGAAAACAGGAGAGAGGAUCCUACUCCGAAACGAGCAAAGGGUAAGUGGACAGAUUAUGGAUAGUAGUGUAAGCAUUAGGUAGUAACCGUUACCUUGAAAAAAGUUAGACCCGCCACCAGUAGCGGUAAGAAGUUCCGGUUCGGUAAGAGAGACAAGCUGGAUGAUAGUAUUGUUCAGGCCGGCAACGAAUGCACUGA